ACUUACGUCUCUCUCUCUCUCUCUCUCUCAUCCUAUUCAAAGCUCAAUGAUUGAGACCAUGCAAGGCAGUUGAUGGCUGGGAAGACCACAUAGGCCCUCUGUUCCUGGCGUUGCAGUCCUGUGCAAGACCUGCCUCGUCUUCGGCUCUCGAGAUUUCUGCUUGGUUUUACCUCUCGGUUCAUCACCUACCACCUUGUCCACUUGUUUUGUUAACCUCUUUUGAGAUCCUACUGUUGCUCGAUUCCAUGGAACUCACACGGCUGUGAUCUCUCUUUUCUGAGUUCGUGGAGGAAAAGCUACUUCGUGGAUCGAGCUGGAAGCGGAGAGACGAGAGAAGCACGCCUGCUUCGAUGGAAUGGGAUUACAAGAUGCCUCCGUGGGAUUUGGCAGAGCUGGAGCAGAGUGCGGAGCCCAGCAUGGGCGCAGUGGUCGGGCCAAGCUGCAACCUCCGAAGCCAAGCUGAGGGAGCGGACUGCUCCGUCGAUCUGAAGCUCGGGGGCUCACCGGAGAAAUGGAAGAGCCAAUCCAAGACGACGACGGCGGUGUCGUCCUCCAGCCCAUCGAAGAGGGCUCGAGCACCGGGCGCCGGGAGCCAGAACGCGGCGUGCUCGGUCGACGGCUGCAACUCUGAUCUCAGCAACUGCAGGGAGUAUCACAGGCGCCACAAAGUCUGCGAAAUCCACUCCAAAACUCCGAUCGUCAUGGUGGGCGGCGUGGAGCAGCGCUUCUGUCAGCAGUGCAGCAGGUUUCACUUGCUGAUAGAGUUCGAUGAGGUAAAACGAAGCUGCAGGAAACGUCUCGAUGGCCACAACAGGCGCAGAAGGAAACCUCAACCAGAAUCAGCUACUUCUGCUAACCUGUUUCCGAUUCAACAAGGGACCAGGUUCUCAACCUGUGCAUAUAUAUCCCAAGCUCCUCCAACAGAGCCCAACUGGUCUGCCAUUGUUAAAGCUGAGAAAGAUGCACUGUACACCCAUCACACCCCCCUGCAUCUCAUCGACAGCCAACACCACUUUCCUGGAUCCUUUUCUUGCAGCUAUAAAGAAAGGAAGCAGUUCCCUUUCUUACAAGAUGGCAAAGCGGCAUUCAGCAGAACAGCCGUAGAAGCAUCAAUAUGUCAGCCACUCCUCAACACCGUUCCUUCAGUAGAAAGUAGCAGCAGCAGCAGCAGCAGCAAGCUUUUCUCUGAUGGAUUAACCCAAGCUAUCAACUCCGAGUGUGCUCUCUCUCUUCUGUCAUCACCAACUCAAACUUCGAGCAUUAGUGUUGACCACAUGUUGCCUACUAAUAGGAUUCCAGUGGGUCAGCCACUUGUUCCGAGUCUUCAGUACAGCAGUCUCAAUCCCUACUCUGGUUCUCCAGCUUCAGGCAGUGUCUUGCCAACGGAGUUCUCUUGUUCAGGGGCUGAGGAUGAGCAAGCAGGUGGAGUUCUGGUUUCCGAUACUGAUCUCCAUUGCCAGGGAAUGUUUCAGAUAGGUGGCGAGGGUGCCAACGAUGGAGCCUCCCCAUCUCUACACUUUUCUUGGCAGUAGUAGUAGUAGUCCUGUAAAUGGUAUUAGUUCCUCGAGGGUUUGUACCGACUAAAACUCUUGUUUUGCUUUGUCCAAACAUUGAUGUUCUUGCUCACUUCUGACUUUGAUGCUGAGGAGCUUUCUCAACAUCUUUCCUGAUGAAAGCAAAUGGCAGUGAUGUUUCUUGUUUUUA